ACCACCUCAUCCUCACCGCCACUCGCAAUUCUCGAAUCUCCCAGGGGCCUCUCCGCUUACCUCCCCUUCUCGCGAUCCCAUAGCCUUGGCCCGAACUCGGCUCGUCGCGAAGCGCCACCACGCCGCUGGCGAGCGGUGAAGCUUAGUAGGGUUAGCUCAGGGGAUGGCGGCCUCGCUGCCGCCGCUAGCUCCACCGUCUCCUAGGGCGGCGGCUGUUUGAGGUUGAGCCCGUGCGCGCGCGUGGGGGAUCCCGUGUUCAGCUCGCCAAACCCUAGGCGCAGGAGGAGGCGGGUCGGGCGGGCGGGCGGGCAGCGAUGGACGUGGACGCGCGCAUGGCGACGGAGUCGGACUCCGACUCGGACGCCGCGGCGGCGCGGUCCGGCAGCGGGUCAGGGUCCGGGAGUGAGACCCCCUCGGCGUCCCCGUCGGCGCCUGGGACGCCCACGGCCGCGGGCGCGUCCCCGGGAGCGGUGCCAAGACCGGCGCCGGGUUACACGGUGGUGAACGCGGCGAUGGACAAGACGGAGGACGGGCCCGGAUGCCGGUGCGGGCACACGCUCACGGCGGUGCCGGCCGUCGGGGAGGAGGGCUCGCCGGGGUACGUGGGCACGCGGUUGAUACUCUUCGGCGGUGCCACCGCGCUCGAGGGCAACUCCGCCACGCCGCCCUCGUCUGCUGGGAGUGCCGGGAUACGUCUUGCUGGUGCGACCGCUGAUGUCCAUUGUUACGACUUGUUAUCAAAUAAGUGGAGCAGGCUUACUCCGCUUGGUGAACCUCCGUCACCAAGAGCUGCCCAUGUAGCGACUGCUGUUGGAACCAUGGUGGUCAUUCAGGGUGGAAUAGGCCCUGCAGGUUUAUCUGCUGAGGACCUUCAUGUUCUGGAUCUCACACACCGACCGCGAUGGCACAGAGUGGUGGUUCAAGGACCCGGUCCUGGUCCACGGUACGGACAUGCGAUGGCCUUGGUUGGGCAGCGAUUCUUAUUGACAGUUGGUGGCAAUGAUGGAAAGCGGCCCCUGGCAGAUGUAUGGGCCCUUGAUACUGCGGCUAAACCAUAUGAAUGGAGAAAACUUGAACCAGAAGGUGAAGGGCCACAACCAUGCAUGUAUGCAACUGCAAGUGCCCGUUCUGAUGGUCUUCUUUUGCUUUGUGGUGGAAGGGAUGCCAAUAGUGUGCCCCUAUCAAGUGCGUAUGGUCUUGCAAAACAUAGAGAUGGGCGCUGGGAGUGGGCAAUUGCCCCUGGUGUCUCUCCCUCACCUAGAUACCAACAUGCAGCUGUUUUCGUCAAUGCACGGCUUCAUGUAUCAGGAGGGGCUCUUGGAGGUGGUCGCAUGGUAGAAGACUCCUCAAGCGUUGCAGUGUUGGACACUGCUUCUGGAGUUUGGUGCGAUACCAAAUCAGUAGUUACAACUCCAAUGACAGGAAGAUACAGUGCGGAUGCAGCAGGGGGUGAUGCUUCUGUAGAGCUUACACUACGGUGCAGGCAUGCAGCUGCUGCAGUUGGUGAUUUGAUAUUUAUUUAUGGAGGUUUACGAGGAGGUGUGCUGCUAGAUGACCUCCUAGUUGCUGAAGAUCUCGCUGCUGCUGAAACAACAAGCACAGCUAACCAUGCAGCUGCAGUUGCUGCGUCCACAAACAUACAAAGAGAACCUGAUAUAUAUGCGUACAAUGAUGAACAAUCAGGACAAACGGCUAUAGAAACAACCUCUGAUGGAUCUGUUGUUCUUGGAACUCCAGUUGCUCCUCCUGUCAAUGGGGACAUGUACACUGAUAUUAGCCCUGAGAAUGCCAUUAUCCAGGGACAAAGGAGAUUGAGCAAAGGUGUCGAUUAUUUGGUUGAAGCAGCAGCUGCAGAGGCUGAGGCAAUCAGCGCUACUUUAGCUGCUGUAAAGGCCAGGCAACUUAAUGGGGAGGUAGAGCAUUCACCUGACAGGGAGCAGUCUCCAGAUGCAACACCAAGUGGCAAGCAAAAUUCAAGCCUCAUAAAACCAGAUCCUGCCCUUUCGAACAGUUUGACACCACCUCCUGGGGUUCGGUUACACCAUAGAGCCGUUGUGGUAGCAGCAGAAACCGGAGGUGCCUUAGGUGGCAUGGUUAGACAACUCUCAAUUGACCAGUUUGAAAACGAAGGAAGAAGGGUCAUCUAUGGCACCCCUGAGAAUGCAACUGCGGCUAGGAAAUUACUGGAUCGACAAAUAUCUAUUAAUAGUGUGCCCAAAAAGGUAAUUGCAUCUCUUCUGAAACCUCGUGGUUGGAAGCCCCCUGUGCGAAGGCAGUUCUUUCUUGACUGUAAUGAGAUUGCAGAUCUUUGUGAUAGUGCUGAAAGAAUAUUUUCAAGUGAACCAACUAUCUUACAGCUUAAAGCUCCCAUUAAGAUAUUUGGUGAUCUGCAUGGUCAGUUUGGUGAUCUCAUGCGCUUAUUUGAUGAGUAUGGUGCUCCUUCAACAGCAGGAGACAUUGCUUACAUUGAUUAUCUCUUCUUGGGAGAUUAUGUGGAUCGUGGUCAGCAUAGUUUGGAGACUAUCACUCUUCUCCUUGCACUGAAGGUUGAAUAUCCUCAUAAUGUGCAUUUAAUUCGAGGGAAUCAUGAGGCCGCAGAUAUCAAUGCUCUGUUUGGGUUCCGAAUAGAGUGCAUAGAGCGAAUGGGUGAGCGGGAUGGAAUCUGGACCUGGCACCGCAUGAACAGGUUAUUUAAUUGGCUUCCUUUGACUGCACUAAUAGAAAAGAAAAUAAUUUGUAUGCAUGGUGGUAUUGGUCGGUCCAUCAACCAUGUAGAGCAAAUUGAGACUCUUCAAAGGCCAAUUACCAUGGAAGCAGGCUCGGUUGUUCUGAUGGAUCUUCUAUGGUCUGAUCCAACUGAGAAUGAUAGCGUAGAAGGACUCAGACCAAAUGCACGGGGCCCUGGUCUUGUUACCUUUGGGCCCGAUAGAGUUAUGGAGUUCUGCAACAACAAUGACCUUCAGUUGAUCGUGCGAGCACAUGAGUGUGUGAUGGAUGGCUUUGAGCGUUUCGCUCAAGGUCACCUGAUCACUCUUUUCUCAGCAACAAAUUAUUGCGGCACAGCAAACAAUGCAGGUGCAAUCUUAGUUCUUGGAAGGGAUCUUGUGGUUGUUCCAAAACUCAUUCAUCCUUUGCCGCCUGCCAUUACAUCACCUGAGAUCUCUCCGGAGCAUCAUAUUGAGGACACAUGGAUGCAGGAGUUGAACGCCAACAGACCGGCAACUCCAACCAGGGGCCGCCCUCAAGCGCCCAACAACGACCGGGGUUCUCUUGCUUGGAUAUAGUAGCUAAGCCAUAUGCGGCAACAAUCCAUUUCUAGUCCCCAUCAGUGGCUUCUGGCCAUAUAUUGAUCCGUUCUGCGCACAGGCAGGUGGUCUGUUGUGCUCCAAGCACAUGCUAGCCGAAAACAAUGGCAAAAGAAUGUUCAGGGAGCAAAGCUAAGCUCUCUGAAGAUGAAAGCCAGAGAAGCUUCACCAAUCACCACCGACAGCGCUCUCCAAAUUCUUUCCCCAAACAAUAGAAGUAGAAGAACAGAACCGAUUAUUUGUUUAUUGGAGGGUCUUGCCAUCGAUCGCGUGUACAUACACAGAUGCCAGCAGAUAGGCGGGACGAGUGUUUUUUUGUCAACCGAUUGGAGGAUCAAAAGAGAUGGUGUUUUUGUACUAGGUAUUCUUUCCCUGUGUCUAGAUUUUUGUCAAGUUGCGAAAUAUGGAGCGUCGAAAUGUUGCAGUUGAACUUAUCUGACGAUGAUCCGUCUGUCAGCUUUUGUAUAAUAGUUCUCCCCUGUUGGUCUUAGCAGUUAGCACACCUCCCUCCCAUUGUAAUUUCUGUCUCUGGUCCUGAUGUGUGCGAUAUUAUUAUUUUUUCUGUCCAAAGUUUUGGGUAAUGAACCGGGUUGGUGAUUUGGUUUA